AUGUCAAUAGUAAAAUCAAUCACACUGCUGCUUGGAAUAUUACCGUGUGUGGUGACCGCAGUACCCGCAGAAUGCUGGACUGACACUGAAUGUAUAGAAUUCUAUGGCGAAGGAUCGACCUGUUUGCUCACUGGUCAGUGCAGCAAUCCCUUUAUGGAUGGAUGUCUGAAAAAAAUGAACUCGGCAAAAAAUCAUCAGAAACGACACUGCAACUCGGACGACGCAGAUGCAAGCCAUUGCCGACUUUCACCCUUUAAUUAUCCAGAGAUCCGAGUCCACAAUCAGGACUGGGUUGUGGCAAUAUUCUUCAGCUGGAUCCUUCAAGUGAGCCUCAUGGAAUUGUUGGACGUGCCUGUCACUGUGGGAUUGGGGGAUGAUACAAUAAAGUCCAGCUUUUAUCAUAUUGAAAAUGAUGUUCCGUAUUCCAAAACGAGUUACGCUUGGGAUGCUCUACAAAAGGCAAACGAAUUGGGAGGCAACUGUUUAUUGACGGAUGAAGAUUGUGCCCAUGUCAUUCCUGAUGUCUGGUUGGGCCAACAGAAAAAAUAUCAAGAAGAAUACGACAACGGUCAGUUGGAUUAUUUGGGUGGGAAUGGACAGGUUGGAAAGGUUGGUUGGUGGAUUCCCAACUUUACGGCGGCUCGACAUCCAUUCGCUAUCACUCACAUGGGGUUGUCACAAGAUCGCCAUCGAUUAGCAGAGGUGUUCAAAAGACCCACCACUUGGGCGGACUACUGCCAUGAAGUUUCCCUCAACAACUGCACCACACCCGAUGAAUUCGCUGCAUUUUAUCCUGCGGAAGAAGACAUGUCAAAGUACUUUGCUAGCGGAUAUAUUGGGCACUUUCGAGCCACGGAAGAAAACGACUGUGUAGCCAAUAACAACACCUGCACCGGUCACAUUACUGGGGCACCUUGCACCUGGAGUACCUUUGUAGAAUCACAGGCGUAUUGGAACAACAUUGCAUUGAUGUCCAGUGGGAACUUGGUUAAUCGUGCCUAUACCUAUUCCGAAAUGAUCCAAAUCUGGAAUGCCGCCAAUGCCACAAAAUCCGAUGUGAUUAUGUGGUGGUACGAACCAGAUUCUAUUUUGGAAAUGUUUCGAAAUACGGAUGCUGCCUUUACUAAGGUCCAUUUGCCAAGUCCAUCGAUUCAGUGCUUGGAAGCAAGGGCGCUCCCAGAAGACAAAUGCGACGCGAACCCCAUCAAGAGGUUGGGACCGAAAGAAGGCUCGUGCGAUAACCAACCGCACGUGACCAAAAAGGCAAUUGCUAUUUCCCUGAGAGACUCUACAUUGGAGCAAUCCCCAGAAGACGAAAGUCCAGCCUACAGCUUUAUUCGAAAUUUUGCCAUUGACGAGUUGGAGGUCUCGACCAUUUUGCAGCAUUUUGUGAACCAUGGUGGAACUGGAUAUGCCGCCAGAGAAGCGGUUUGUGGAUGGAUUGCCAACAAUACCGACUAUCUCGAGAGUUUCAUUCCGCCCAAUCACCCAAGAGCCUUUCAGUCUAGGGAUGAUUACAGUGAGACGGUGUCUGUGGUGGCAUACAUUGUGGCGACACUUGCGUUGGUGUACAUUUUGAUUUCGACGGCAAUCACGGUCAAGAAACGAAAGGCUGCAGUAUUUGUAUACUCACAAGUCCAAUUCAUUUUCGUGGUCCUCUUUGGACUCACCUUGGUAGCCAUUGGCUCCAUCUUGCAUGCAAUCGAACCGAAUGAUACAAUUUGCAUGGCGCGAGUGUGGCUCGUGAGCUUGGGUUACACCUUUGAGCUCGUACCUUUGAUUAUCAAAGUGACGGCUCUGAAUCGUUUGAUGAGCGCAUCACGGAGAAUGCGCAGAGUGAACAUCAAUAUGAUGCACCUCUAUUCCACUGUUCUUGUCUUAUCUGGAAUUGUGGCGAUUUAUUUGCUAGUAUGGACUGUCGUAGACCCGGCAAAGGCUACAGAAGUUCGAAGAUUGGAAGAGGAUUCGAUUACUAUUUCCUCACACUGGGGUUGUCGUUCCGAGUCUGAGUAUUGGGGGACAGCCUAUACUUUGUGGGAAGGUGUUCUAAUUUUGUGGUGUUCUGCGCUGGCCUUUCAAUCACGCAAUGCAAAGCAAGAGUUCAACGAGUCCAAGAGUUUGGGAAUGAUGGUUUACUCUCACUUUGUUUUUACCAUACUACGAAUCAUUGUGUCUGUGAUAUUCGAAAACGACGUCUACACAAAUUCACUGGCCCACAGCUAUCUCUUGAGUUUGGACCUCACCAUAGCAGUUACUAUCUAUCUACUACCAAAGAUGGUAAUGCCGCCUGAUACGAUCCGAGAAGUGCAGAGGCGACGAACCAGUACACACCUAUCUAGUGCGACUAGAGAUUUGGAACAAGAAGCCAAGAGGAGCCGAUCUUCAAUGUCAGGUAUAGAAAAGAUGUCAGGUAUCGAAGAACAAUCAGAUGACGAUGACUUUGAAAAAUCGACGUCCUCUUCGAAGGGAGAUUCCGACGAAGGCAACCAUGCGAAUGAUACGAGUCCGUAUUGGACCAAGGCCCGCGAUGCGCCAAGGGCAAUUUCCAAAUCUGUGCCAAUUGGACCACGGAGAGUGACAUUCAAAACUGACGUUGACAAUGAAGAGCUGAAGGAGAAGCUUGUCAUGAAGGACAAAGAGCUCAAAGAACUGAAAGAGGCCCUUGAUAAAGUACAAAAGACUCGAGACCGACAAGAGUCGAAGAUUGGGAAGCUUGUCGAAGCCGUUGGGGGCAACGACAAGCUUGAAAAGCCUAACAAUAGUGAAAGGCUAGUGGAAGCCGUUGGGGGCGAAGACAAGCUUGAAAACCCUGACAAUAGUGAAACGAUGGAAGGUCAAUGA